AUGGCCUCCUCACGGAAACCACCCCCGGCGAACCUUUCCAGCCCGCUCAACCGCCGUUCCAUGCCUCCUCCCGUAGCAUCCUCCUCCGCCGGCUCAGCUCGAGGCUCUUCACGCUCCCCGACUCCCACCGGCGCGGCUGCUCCUGCUGCCACUGCGGCCCGUCGCAAUACUAUCCGUGAUGGCGCUCCCUUGGCGCACCGGAAUAGCAUUUCCUCGCCCCUGAGCGCUCGGUCGGCCGCAAAGAGGUCCACCGAGGUGCAGAGCGAGGCCGACUUGGAGAAUGCGGCAAUGUUGGAGGAUUUGAGAAGUAGGCUUGCCCAGAGCGAGAGUGCGGCGGAGGCCGCCGCUGAGGAGUAUGCGAAGCAGGUAAAGGCGCUGCAGAGCAGGUUGGAGGAUGCGCUUGCCGAGCAGAUCAAGAUGGAGGAGGCGGCGCAUCAGAAGGAUGAGAUAAUUGAGGGUAUUGAGCUCCAGGUUAAGGAGUUGACGAGGGCAAAGAGAGACCAGGAGAAUAUCUACGAGGCAGAGAGAACUGCCGCGCAACAGGAGAAAGAGGAAAUGAUUGAAAGGGAAGAGGAGCUGAAUACCAUAAUUCAGCGCCUCAAGGACCAACUUGCUCAGCGCGAAAAGUCGCCUGAGCCAGAGGUUGUGGAGAGCCGUAAAACUUCCACUGAGCCUUCUAUUGAUGAAUCUCAAGGAUUUGCGCCUUCAAAUAACAUGGCUGCACCUAACCGUAGCAACAACCUUGUUCUCCAGAAGGAUAAACUCAUUGAGUCUCUUCGUCUCGAGCUCGCUGAAGCUCAGAUCAGGUUGGCUGAGGCAGACCACCAAGGUGGCACUAAGCUUCAACAGCUUGAGCAGCAGCUUUUGGAAACUCGCAUGUCUAACGCCCGUUUGAUGGAGGACAACGAAAGCUUCCAGCUUCUCCUUUCUUCUGCUGCUCUCAAUGAGUCGCCCCACAUUAUCAAGAAGGUCCAGGGUUCGCCAAGGAAUUCAAUUUCCCUUGCUUCGAACCUUGCCGAGGAGCUCGAGGAGGCUGCUCAGACUCUCGAGACUGAGAAGUGCCGCAAGCUAGAGAGCGAGGUCAAGUCGUUGAAGGACCAGAACAAGGCGCAGUCGUUGUACAUCAACAACAUCAUCGAGCGCAUUCUGCAACACAAGGAUUCCGAGGCCAUUCUGGACAAGACUGCUCCUCUUGGAGACUCUGCUGUGAAGACUGAGAAGGCGCUUCCCGCACCUCCUAAGGAAUCUGAGGGAAUGAUUACUCCCCGCUCGCAGACUUUCUACGGUCCCGAUCAAUUCAACAACGGCAACCGUACCCAGCGUCCUCGCGACUCUGACCUCAGCCUUGACUCUACUACUUCCGAGAGUGGGGACAGUGUUUCAGGAACCUCCAUUCCUUUGCCAUGGGAGCGCCGCAGCCUGCCAUCUCCCCCGCACCACGGUACCACUAUGGGACCAAUUGCUGGAAACAAGCUUCGCCCAUUGAGAUUAGUGCAAGAGAAUGUUAGCAACGGGCUCGUUUCGCCUACAUCGGGCAGUGGCCGCAAGAUCAGUGGAGACUACAAGGAGGGUGUUGAGGAUGAGAAGAGCAGGAGACAGAGCAAGAGAACCAGCUGGAUUCCUUGGUUGAACCGAAACAAAGAUGAUGACUUGCACACGAUCUCCAACCCCGAAAACGUUCUUUUCGAGAGAAGAGACGUUGAAUAA